GAGAACAUAAUGAAAUCCAACAUUGACAAGAAGUUCUCCGCACACUAUGAUGCCGUGGAGGCAGAGCUCAAGUCAAGCACCGUGGGUCUUGUGACCCUGAAUGACAUGAAGGCCAAACAAGAGGCAUUGGUGAAGGAGCGGGAGAAGCAGCUGGCCAAGAAGGAGCAGUCGAAGGAGCUGCAGCUGAAGUUGGAGAAGCUGCGUGAGAAGGAGCGGAAGAAGGAAGCCAAGCGGAAGAUCUCCAGCCUGUCUUUCACCCUUGAGGAAGAAGAGGAAGGAGGCGAGGAGGAGGAGGAGAUGGCCGUGUAUGAGGAGGAGCUGGAAAGGGAAGAGGUCACCACCAAGAAGAGGAAGCUGGGAAAGAACCCGGAUGUGGACACCAGCUUCUUGCCUGACCGAGACCGUGAGGAGGAGGAGAACCGGCUCCGGGAAGAGCUUCGGCAGGAGUGGGAGGCCAAGCAGGAGAAGAUCAAGAGCGAGGAGAUAGAGAUCACCUUCAGUUACUGGGAUGGCUCUGGGCACCGGCGCACUGUCAAGAUGAAAAAGGGCAAUACAAUGCAGCAGUUCCUGCAGAAGGCACUCGAGAUCCUGCGCAAAGACUUCAGUGAGCUCAGGUCAGCAGGGGUGGAGCAGCUCAUGUACAUCAAGGAGGACUUAAUCAUCCCCCAUCACCACAGCUUCUACGACUUCAUCGUCACCAAGGCGCGAGGGAAGAGUGGACCACUCUUUAACUUCGACGUUCAUGACGACGUGCGGCUGCUCAGUGAUGCCACCGUGGAGAAGGAUGAGUCACACGCGGGCAAGGUGGUGCUGAGGAGCUGGUAUGAGAAGAACAAGCACAUCUUUCCUGCCAGCCGUUGGGAGCCCUACGACCCCGAGAAGAAGUGGGACAAGUACACGAUCCGGUGAGCCAGUGUCCCAGAGGUGGCGUGCCCUCAGCUCCCUCAGAUCCCCUGACACAUCCACAUUUCUCCAGGACUCCAGGCAUCCUGGCUCUUUGAGCUCAGUUGAAGGGUGCACAGGGAGCACAGUUGCUGCUCAUCCCUGCCCUGGCGCUGUCAUUUACUGCUUUCUUGUUUUACAAUAAAGAAAUGCAUAUGUCAGAAUA